UCAUCUUCAAUUUAUUUUCUGCGACGAACUGCAGCACAUAAUCGGUUGCGGGCGCCUUGUUAGGCCAAGAACAUCCAUCACAACGCGCCACCAUCUCCCCGGAUUUGACUUGAUGGGCAAGGAAAGCGAAGUUUCGGCAAUGGAAGUCGACGAUCCAAAAUCGAAUUCUGAUCAGAUCGUUCCCAAAUUCUCUAUUAACGUACUGCAACUCUUAAAAUCUGCGCAAAUGCAGCAUGGCUUGCGGCACGGAGAUUACACUCGUUAUAGGAGGUAUUGCACUGCUCGUUUGAGGAGGUUAUAUAAAUCUUUGAAGUUUACCCACGGCCGUGGCAAAUACUCAAAGAGAAACAUUUCUGAAUCUACCGUUACUGAAGUAAGGUUUCUUCAUAUAGUUCUCUAUUCAGCAGAGAGAGCUUGGAGCCAUGCCAUGGAGAAAAGACAACUUCCAGAUGGUCCAAAUGCACGUCAAAGAAUCUACUUGAUUGGCAGGUUGCGGAAAGCGGUAAAAUGGGCAGCUUUGUUUUCACAACUUUGCACAGCCAAGGCAGACUCUAGAACAUCUUUGGAAGCUGAGGCUUAUGCAUCCUACAUGAAGGGGAGCUUAUUGUUUGAACAAGAUCAGAAUUGGGAUGUGGCUUUGAUGCACUUCAAAAGUGCAAGGGCUGUGUAUGAAGAAUUAGGGAAAUAUGGAGAUCUGGAUAAUCAAAUUUUAUGCCGUGAACGAGUUGAGGAAUUAGAACCUAGUAUCAGAUACUGUCUUCACAAAAUUGGCCAGUCAAAUCUGCAAGCUUCGGAGCUUCUACAUAUUGGUGAUAUGGAAGGUCCUGCCCUAGACCUUUUCAAAGCUAAAUUAGAGGCUGUUAUGGCAGAGGCAAGAUCUCAACAAGCUGCUUCCAUGACAGAGUUUCAUUGGCUUGGCCAUAGAUUUCCGAUAUCAAAUGCAAAAACAAGGGUUGCCAUUUUAAAAGCUCAGGAGCUGGAGAAAGAUGUACAUGGACCCUCUGCCGAUUCAAUCCCAGCUGAUAAAAGGCUUGCUACUUUUGACAAAAUAUUUUCAGCAUAUCAUGAAGCCAGAGGCUAUAUUCGGGCUGACCUGGCCACUGCUGGAAGUGCAGAAAGUGUGAAAGAUGAGCUAUAUGGUCUUGAUAAGGCUGUCAGUGCUGUCCUAGGUGAAAGAACUAUUGAGCGCAACCUCUUGUUGGUUAAGGUUGCAAAAAGUAAACUCGCUAGGCGCCGUGAUGAAAAAAAUGAGAAAGUCACAAAACCUGAAGAGCUUGUUCGCUUAUAUGAUCUCUUGCUGCAGAAUACUGCUGAUCUUUCUGAUUUAGUUAGUUCUGGAAGGGAUAAAAAACCAGAAGAAGUGAGCUUUGCAGAAGAAUGUGCAAGCAAAACUUCGGCUUUUCGUGCAGAAAGGUGUUUUUAUGUGGCAAAGUCAUAUAGCAUGGCUGGAAAAAGGGCUGAAGCUUAUGCUUUGUACUGUCGUGCUCGUGAUUUGGCAGAGGAUGCCCUAAGAAAACUUAAAAUGUUAGAUGGCAACAAUCAGACUAUGAUGAAGGAUUUGGAGGGCUUAUGCAGUGAGUGCAGAUCUAACAGUUGCAUAGAGCAUGCCAUGGGGAUUAUGGAGGAGAAGAGAGCUCCGGAUAAUCUCUCUAAAAGGAUAUCCAACAUCUCGUUGACUGGAGAUAAGCAGCUGGAGAAGUUCCUCACGGAGAAACUUGAUGCCUAUGAGUCGGCUGUCGGUGAUCCUAACGUAAAAAGUGCUCCCCGCAUUGUAGCUUUCCCACCAGCUUUCACUGCAAUUCCGCGCAAUCCUAUUGUGCUGGACCUGGCAUUUGAUAUGAUAGACUUCCCAGCCAUCGACAACAGGAUGAAGAAGGAUAGAAAAGGUUUCAUCAGUAGAAUAUUUGGAUGAGCAUCCGAGAGUUUUCUAGUUCGUUAAGUUCAAAAUUCUUGACAACUAAUCUGUCAUUUACCCUUGUAUCAAUUAUUGUUAAGAAUUCUGAGGUGUUGAUAUGAAAAUUUUGGUCAGAUCUAUGGAUAAUUUCGGCCUAAUGAUUGUACUAUCACUGCCUUGUUAGAAUACAAUAUUGGAUUAUAAUCUGCGAGGUUGGGUUGUUCAUGGCAUACUUCAAAUACUGAAAA